GUCUUCAUUCCAUAAUGUCUAUUGAAAAAUCCAAUACUGCAGUCGAGGUUGACUCGAGCAAUCAUAGUUUUAAUACUCCCAAUCACGAAGUGGUCGAUGAAGAAGAACAUCUUGAGUUGAAACAUCAUACCAGAGAAGAAAUCGCUGCUUCAGGGAAAUGGUAUGAUCAAAGCUACUUUGGCGGGCGCAUACCCAGUUAUUCCAAUGCCAUGGUUCAAAUAUUCAUGAUGUCUUUUGUCUUAUUCAUGACUCCAGGUAUGUUUAAUGCAAUUAGUGGGAUUGGUUCUGCUGGGAUUUCGGAUGUGUCCGUUGCUGAUAAUGCUAAUGUAGCAUUAUAUUCCACCUUUGCCACUAUUGGGGUUAUUGGGGGAGUCAUUUGUAAUAUCAUUGGUUCGAAAUGGUGUCUUACCAUUGGUGGGACCGGUUAUUUUAUGUACACUGCUAGUUUAUUAUGUUUCCAUUAUACUGAAAAUGCUGGAUUUUGUAUUUUUGCCGGGGCUUUUCUUGGGGUUUGUGCUUCUUUAACUUGGGCUGCUCAAGGUCAAAUUAUUAUGAGUUAUACCACUGAAGAUCGUAAAGGUCAUGCCAUCAUGAUUUUUUGGAUCAUUUUCAACAUGGGUGCAGUUAUCGGUUCAUUAAUUCCUUUGGGUCAAAAUCUUCGAAGUAAUGAAUCAAAAGUAAAUGCUGGUACAUUUGCUGCGUUUUUGGUUUUAAUUGGUAUUGGGGUCUUUUUAGCCACUUUCAUGCUUCCAAUUGAUAAAGUUUACAAAUCGGAUGGUACUAAAGUUACCAAAAAAAAUUACCCAAGUAUCAGUGAUGAAAUCAAAGGUUGGCUUCAUGUCUUGAAGAAUGAACCAAAAAUAUAUCUUCUUUUCCCCAUGUUUGCUGCCUCUAAUUGGUUCACCACUUAUCAAUUUAAUGAUUUUAAUGCUGCUAAAUUCACCAUCAGAACUAGAUCUUUGAAUUCGUUACUUUAUUGGCUUUUCCAAAUGAUCGGGGCUCUUUUCAUCGGUAACAUUCUUGAUUGGACUUAUUUCCGUAGAAGUGUUAGAGCAAGAAUCGGUUGGGUUCUUGUUUUCAUCCUCGGUAUGGCCAUUUGGGGUGGUGGAUUGAAAUUUCAACAAGGUUACACUAGAGAAUCAGUCGUUGACAUGACUCCUAUUGAUUUUAAAGAUAGCGGGUAUGGGGGACCAGUGGUUCUUUAUAUGUGUUACGGUUUUUACGACGCUAUUUUCCAAAACUUUAUCUUCUGGGUCUUAGGGGCUUUAUCUAAUAAUCCAAAGAAAGUUGCCUUAUAUGCUUCUUUUUAUAAAGGUAUCCAAUCAGCUUUUGCAGCCAUCGUUUGGAGGUUGGACGCUAUGGAAAAAAGCUACAUGUCUUUGUUCGCUAGUUCCUGGGGGUUUGUCCAAGGUUCUCUUGUGAUUGCAGCUCCUCUUAUCUUACUCUGGAUCACUGAUCAUACUGAUAUAAAAGAAGACGGUAUCGUUGAUAUCGUUGAUCAAGGUGAAUUGGAAGUAGUUAAUUCAACCACCCAAGCUCCUGAAAUUAAGGAUGAAAAAAUCGUUUAACCCUUAUUUCUCCCACUGAUAUCAUCCCUCUCUCUACUUUCCUUCACUUCUUGUAUUUCAUUUUGAG